AUGCCCAAAAGAAAGGCUACAAGUGCUGCGAGUCAGGAGCCAAAGAGAAGAUCAGCCCGACUGUCUGCUGUGCCUGUGCCCUUUACACCAGAGUUGAAACCUAAAAGAACAUCAACUCAAAGGAAAAUGAAGAACACGAAUGUUGUAGUGGAAGAAAACAAGGAUGCAGGUGCUGUAACAGUUCCUGAAAGCAAGCCCGAAGGUGUUCAGGAGGCGUGCAACAUGGACAGGGCUGAAAAUGGAGAAGCCAAAGUUAUGGAGGCACCCAUUCAAAAGAUGGAAGCGGAGGAAGUAAAAGAGAUGAAUGAAGAAGCUGAAGAAGAUGGAGGAGAAAAGAAAGAAGGAGUGGCGGCAGAAGGAAAAGAUGAUGAAAACAUCCAAAAUAUAGAGAAAAAGGAAGAUGGAGAAGCGGACAAAGAUAAAGGUGAGGAGGUGAAAGACGAAAACAGGGAAGGAGUCCCGGAAGAGAAACCAGAGGCAGCAGGAAGUGAGGAUGCAAAAGAGGACAAAGAUGAUGGAGGCAAAGGAGGUGAUGAAAAAGAAGACAGCAAAGAGGAGCAAGGAGAUGGGAAGACAGAAAAAGAGAAAGAUGACAAACAAGAGGAAGCUGAAGCCGAGGAAGAGGUUAAAGAACAGAGAGAGGAAAAAGAAGAGGAAGGUGGAAAAUGCAAAGAGGAAAAUGAGGAAGAUGAACAGAAAGGCCAGAGAGGGGAAGACGGAAAGGAGAAAGACGAUGGGAAAGAGAGACAGGAGGAAGAAGGCAAAGACAAAGAGGCUGCAGGUGAAGGAAAUGAUGAAAGCAAGGUGGAGGCCGAACAAGAAGCUGAAAACAAAGAUCUGAAACAAGAUGGAGAAAAAGAGGCGUCUCUGGGUAUUGUCUAAAACUGCCCUAUGUGAUAUCAUAAUUUGGUAACAUGCAUCUUCCUGUUGUAAUGUUAAUAGAGAUAAAACUUUUACCAGAUAUUUUAUAAGCAGUACUUUUCUUUUAGCAUCAUUCCAUCUUGGAACAUCAUCAUACAGGUUAUUAGUUGUGAAACACCUAACAUGACACCUUUAUACAGUUUGUGGUUAGAGUAGUGCAAAAUAUAAAAUGUACACAUGUGACUUUGUGAAUUUCACUGCGUGUAAGUUAUAUACUAAAUCUUAGCAUUUCAA